UAUGGAUGAAUUUUCGGAUGAAGAGGAGUAUGAAGUUAGUGAUGAUAAAGAAAAUUAUAUAAUAGAAGACAAAUCAGCGGAUAGCGAUGAAGAAAAAUCGCAAAAAGCAGACAGCUUUGAUGAUAUAUCGAGUGUAAUGACAAAUAAAGAGGAAGAAGAUGAUUCAAACAAGAUAAAUCACCAGGAACAGGUGAAAAUGAUCCAUGCAAGAAGAUUUCUUGAAUAUCUUUCAAAUAAAGUGGAUGAAAAAGAAUUUGAAGUUUCAAAAAUUUCACACGAAUUAAAGAAGUGCAGGGAAAAACUUGGGGAAUUAGAAACUGAACGAAACGAUAUAUUGAAUGAAAUCCAAAGCGAAGAAGAUGCAGGCAAUACAUCGAGUAUUAAUCGUUUAAGAGCUAAAUUUCAAAGAUGUCAAGAAGAGCUUCACAAUGAACUAGUUGUCGAAGAAACCAUAAUGAACUCUCUUCACGAUGCUGAAAUGGAUUUAGCAAAAGCAGUCGUUGAAAAAGGAAAUCAUCAGAUUGUUGAUUUGAAUUUACAAGAGAGAGAAGAACUAUUAGAUAAGCAAAAGGAAGAUGCCGCAAAAGUGAGAUUACGUAAGGAGAGGUCGUAUGCAAAAUCAGCAAUAAAUGCAGCAAAAAAAGAAGAAAGAGAAAGAAUGGAUAUGAGAAUACAAGCUGAACGAGAACAGAAAUUAAGAGAAAAAUUAAGUUUGGACAGUCAUAAUAAACAUAAGCCAUUUUUGCAGAAAAGCAUAUCAGAAAUUAAAUUGAGAAAAGAUUUUGAAGAAAAGGAACGAAUGCUCCAUCACGAAACAAGGAUAAAAAAUAUUACGAAAUUGAAGAAGGAUAUUACUCAAAAUAAGGAUAAUUUAAGAGCUUUGAGAAAUCGUGACAAAGCUUUUGAACAAGAAAGGGAAGAGAGGGAAAGAAAGGAGUUGGAAGAAGUUGUGUACGCUGGUGGCAAUGCGCUAGAAUUUAAAUUAAAGGACCAAAGAAAAAAGGAUAUGAUACAAGAUAGAAAAAAAUUUGAAGAGCAACAGAAUAAGAAUCAUAUGGAAAUCAUGAAGAAAAUAUUGAAAGAAGAACAUACUAUCGAAGUAAGAAAGAAGCAACUUCCUUACCUCUUUGAAACGAGAAAAUCAAAUGAGAAAAAGUUUGUCAAACCAAUUCCGAGGAGAAAGCUUCAAGCUUUCGAGAAUUAUAUUAAACUUACAGAACCAACGCCUGAACCUGCAAAACUUGUCCAAAGAGAAGAAGCAGAAUCUUCCGAUAGUGAUUUCGAAAUUGAAACUGGAUACAACGUAGAUUAUCUUUUAAAACCCGCUUCGGAUGAUGAUAAAGAAAUUUUAGCCAAACCAGAAUUCGAAGGAUUAUGGGAUGUUCACAAACGUUAUUCCGUGCCAACAGGAGAGAAUGAAGAAUACAAAUUCAAUUUGAAAAAUGCAACUAAAAUGGAAAAGAAAAUUCUACAGAAAGUACUCGAGAAGCACAGAGAGGGAAGAGUUAUUCAACAAGUUGCUGCUGGAAAAGAAUUUAAAGCUGUAGGAUUCUAUAGUAAACCAUCUGUUAUACACUUUAAGGAUUUUGAUGUUGGGAAGACCUACAAUAAAAAAGUUAUUCUAACAAAUGUCUCGUACUCAUUGAAUUACUGUAAAUUGAUAGACUUUACAGAAAGAUUAAAAGAUUUCAUUAAAUUAUCAUUUGAUCCACCAGGACAAAUGAGCGCCGGUAUGACUUGCGAAUUAAACGUUACUUUUAGCCCAAAAAUUAAUGAAGAUUUGUUUGGAGAAGUAAAAUUUUUAGCUCAAACAGGACCAUUUUCAAUUCCAUUGAAAUGUACAACUAAAAAAGUUGAUUUAUCGGUUGAUACUAAUCAAAUAGAUUUUGGUACAUCAGUCAUCGGUGAAAAGCUAACGAGACACAUUACCUUAACAAAUAAAGGAGCAAAAGCGACUUUUUACCAUUUUAAUAAGAUAAACCUACUGAAAAAAGAUAGACCAUCAACAGUUGAGACUUCACUAGGUGGCGUUGUAUGGGAAUUAGAGCAUGAUAAUGAGGGGGAAAAUGAAGAAAUCACCAUCAAAGUCGAGUCUAGUAGGCCUUCUUCUAAAAUUGAAUCCCCUGAAGAAAAGGCCGCAGAUGAAGGUAGCAAUAAAGAAGAAGAAAUGGAGGAGGAAGAGUCGAUAGUAAAUGAAGUUCAAGAUCAAGUUUCUUCUCCCCUAGCUUCAAAUAGGGAAGAGGAGGAACUUGACGAUAUAGACGGUAUGAAAGUUAAUCCUGACAAUAUAACUGGAGAAAUAGGACCGUUUGGUUCGGUUAAAUUGACGAUUAUCUGGCAACCGUUGUAUCCGGGAAGUUUUAGUUCCGAUUUUGUUUUGAAUUUUGACGAAGAAGAGGCAGAGAACAUCACCGUACAAACAACAGGCAAUGCAAUUGACGUACCCGUUUAUCUUAAAAGAGAGACUGUCGAUAUGAAAAUUUGUAUGUUUGAUAGACUUUAUCAAGAAACUAUACACGUUUAUAACAGAGCAUCGUAUGCCCUAAAAUUAAACUUUGAAGUAUGCAAACCUAUGAGGAGUUUUAUGGAACUUUUACCAAAAACUGGUUUCAUUCAAGCUCAUUCAACAUUUCCGGUGCAAUUAAAGUUCUUACCAACAGAACAAAUGCUAAACUGUCCUGCGGAUCUAUUGAACAAAGAUUCAAACGUUUUUGAAUCUCUUAUGACUAUACGCGUUGCAGAGCAAACUAGGCCUGUAAAUUUUACAGUUACAGGAGUAAUAACAUCAUCAGAUAUAGUUAUUCAAGAGCCAUCUAUUAAUUUUGGUUUUUGUACAAUUUAUGAAUCAGUUAAAGCUGUUAUUCAUUUAACAAAUAAGAGUAUUCUUCCUCAACAAUUCGGAUUCUGUGGAAUUCCAGAAUUCGUUGAUAUACAACCUAAUGAUGGUUUUGGUACUAUUCUACCGGAGGAAACUCUCGAAUUAGAUGUGAUUUUUAAAGCUCAAAAAGCGUUUGAUUAUAAGUUUGUACUCAACUGCAAAACUCACAUAGGGAGAGUUUUUUCAAUAAAAUGUCAAGCUAUUGGUGUGCAUCCACCUUUGUGCCUCAGUCAACAAUUGAUUCAUAUGGCUGCUACGCCUUUAUAUGACGUUUCUGCUACCCAUUUCCAUGUUAUUAACGAGCACAAGAGCUCUAAUGAAUUUACACAUCCAGUUCCAAGAAUUGGAGCUAAAGGCAAAAUUGCACCAGUGGGACCAACUUCCUUCGAAUUCCUUUUACCAAAAAAUUCUCCUAUUUCAUUAGCGCCUUCUGUUGGUACAGUAUUGCCCGGAAAGAAAUGUAGAAUUCACGUCAGGUUUGUUCCUCGUCUUACUGAUGAGGAAAUACGAAAAGAAGCUGUUCGUAUGGUGACGAAACGACUGGAAGCAAAGGCCAAAGAAGAGUAUGAAAGGAAGCUUAUCGAAAGAGAGAAAGAAGAACAGCUGGAGAAGAAGAUGGCGAAUGUUAAAGGUGCUAAAAAUACUAAAGCCUCCCCUAAAGGAAAACAAAAUAAGAAGCAAGACGAUAACACAAAAGAUAUAAGUUUACAAGGUCCAGCACCAGUUAAUCCUCCUACAGAGGACGAAAUCGAUCAAAAUUCGGACGACUAUGCCGCAGCCAUUACUUCAUUAUUACGUCAAUUUAUGGGCUCAUUUGAAACAUUCACUAUCCCAUGCCACAUAGCAUCAGGAUCAUGUGUGAAAAAACCAUCAAAUUUGAGUUUCGAUGCAAGAAAUACUCUUUAUGUAAAAAUCCAUUGUCCAUCCAUAAGACCUGAGCUGGUUGUCAUAUCCGAUAGAGGGCGAUUUGUAUCUGAUUUCGGACAGGUUUCGGUCGGUUUAAGCCAUAGUCGAGCCAUAACAAUACAAAAUAUCUCAAACGAGAGAAUAGAUCUGUCUGGUUCUAUAUUGGAUACAUCAGGUCCUUUCGGCAUAAUUAAUGCUCUUCGACCACUUGAUCCCGGGUCGUCUCAUACUCUACAAAUUUCAUUUUCACCGAGUAAGGAACUGAUCUUCCAAGAGGAGCUAAACCUAAGCACAGCAAAGUCAUCAUUGAGACUAAAACUAAAAGGUCAAGGCGUUUCGCCGGUUAUACGUUUAAGUAUACAAGGCAAUCUUUUGAAUAUGGGUGCAGUUCUGGUCGAUGAGUACAGGGAAGAGACAUUUACAAUGGAGAACGCUUCAUCGUUAGACGUUCGAUUUAAUAUUAAGUUGGAUAGUGUUUCGCCCUUAAGAUUUUCAAAAGCCCAGAAUUUACCAAAGUUUGUCAAACACGAAACCUUGAACUUAAUAGGUGUUCAGAACAUGAAAGGACGCCGAGUUUUCGAUUGUGUGCCUGCCGAUGGUGUUAUAGCGCCAAGAGAAAAGACAGAAAUAACUGUUACAUUUGCGCCAGAUCAUCAAAGCGACAAUUUUUCCGAUGGGGUACGAAUUGAACUGUUCGAUGCCGAUGAAUGCCACGCCUUUGAAAUUCGAGGUCAAGCUAAAGCAAAAAUUAUGUACAUGCAAGGGGGUGACGCGGUAGGUCCAGAGAUUGAGAGUCUUGCCGCACUUCCAGUAUUAGAGUGUGAAGUCGAAGACAAAGUGCACGCCCUUUCCCCAAAACACCAGAAAAGUGGGAAAAAGGCUAAAGAAAAAGCUGAAAAGGAGGUUAAAGAAAAGAAGAAGAAAGAUAGUGGAGAUACGAAAUCUGAGAUUAUACCUAUUUUAGUUACAUUGGAAAGUAUUAUUCAAAAUGAUGAAUUCUUGUUAGCAAAGAGAGAAAUUGAAGUUGGAUGUGUUAGGACAAUGGCUGUUAGUCAAAAGAAGAAUGGUGAAUUUAUCUUUGAAAAUGCUUCUCAAAUAGAACAAAUAGGCUUUAAAAUAGAUCCGAUGAAAGGCAUGAUUGAAGCUGGUACAAUAAAGCCUAUUACAAUUACUUGGAAGCCGUCUGCAAAUCAUGAUCCCAACGUUCCUGUGGAGGCGUCCAUAAACUGUACGGUGAAAGGCGAUACGACUGAUAUUUAUAGAAUCAUACUAAGAGCUCUGUGUGUGACUGAAUCAAGCAACUAA